AUCGCUUUCUACAACUUAUACAACUUAUGCUUAUGGUGAUGUCGCGAUUGUAUGUCAUUAAUUUGUGUUGAACAUUGGAAUGCUAUUUAUUGUGAUUUAAGCAAAAGUUUACAUCGAAUUCAACGAUUUUAUCAAAAUGACACAUGGACUUCUGUUGCGAUAACGUAUAAGUUGGUUUCUGAAUCCGCCGUACUAUUUAUUGCUGUGUCUAGCAUCAAUUUGUCACAACCAUGUCUUAUCCCGGUCAACCACCCAUGGGUAUUCCAGGAAUGCCUCCAAUGCCAUAUAUGGUUGGCGCACCUCCAUCAAUAAUUGGAGGAGUCAUGCCCAUGGCACAUAUGAUUCCAACACCCGUAUCUGCGAUGCAGACAUCCGCGCCAGCCGUACGUUACUCGCGCAAUCAAAAUCGCCACGAUAAUAAUCGGAGGCGCGAGAGAGAGUCGGGCCCACCUGUCACGGUGUUUAUCGGUAACAUAAUGGACAGAGCACCUGACGUGAUGAUGCGACACAUUCUGGGUGCAUGUGGCCAUGUACUUUCCUGGAAGAGAGUACAUGGAUUUGGGUUUUGCGAGUAUGCCGGCCCUGAUGCUGGUCUCAGGGCGAUCCGACUGCUUCACGACAUGGAAAUAGGCACGAAGAAGCUUCUUGCCAAGGUGGACGCCAAAACCAAGGUAGUCCUGGACGAAUUCAAAGCCGAGCGACGAAAGAAGCUCAAGGGCGGUCAGUCUCCGUUGCAAGAUGAGACCUCUAACGAGGGUGCGGACGGUGAGGAGGGUGAAGAUUAUAUGGACGAAGGUAUGAGAGUGGUCGAUGCAGACGCGCUCGCUCGCAUUAACCAGAUCAUAAGUGAACAUGCCGCGGAUCUGGAAAUGGCGCAAGUUGCUCCAGAGGAACAUCAGACAAAGAUGGUAGCUAAGUCGCUAAACCUGGAUGACGCAGAGAUAGAAGAGAGUAAAAGAGACUUGAUUACUCGAGAAAUUGGCAAAUUCAGGGAGGUCAUGAAGAAGCAGGAGGAGGAGAAGGCCCAGGUGAAACGAAAAAGAGAAGCGGUCGAGAAAGAGGAGCGCGAGAAGCGAGAGAAGGAGCGGCGCGAUAAGCGCGACGACGAUAUUACCAAGGAUGAUCAAGAUGGAGAUUCUGGUAGUCCUACAUCUCAUAAAGGUCGUAGUGAUAGCAGCAGUAGAAGAGAUAAACGUCGAUCUAGAUCCAGAUCUAAGGAACGCGAUAGGGAUCGAUCGAGAAACGAUCGAGACCGGGAUCGAGACAGAGACCGCGAAAGAGAUCGCGAACGUGAACGGGAACGGGAACGGGAUCGAGAUCGUGAAAGGGAACGCGAGCGAGAACGCGAGCGCGACAGGGAAAAGGAGAGAGAUCGGGAACGGGAAAGGGAACGGGAACGGGAGGAAGUGCGGAAAACCGAAAGGGAGAUUAUGCGUGAGAGGGAGGAGGAGGAGGAGGCGAAAGAGAGAAAGAAGAACGAGAGACGGGCUAGGGAGAAGGAAGCGGCGUAUCAGGAACGUUUGAGGGCGUGGGAGACUCGCGAACGACGUAAGCAGAAGGAGUACGAGAAGGAAGCUGAAAAGCGUCGUGCGAAGCGCGAGGCCAGAGAGAGGGAGGCGAAGCGGCUGAAGGAGUUCCUCGAGGAUUACGACGACGACCGUGACGACGCCAAGUAUUACAAAGGCAAGGAGUUGUCUCGUAGGCUCGAGGAGCGAGCUCUCGAAGCGGAAGCGGACUCGCGGGACCGUUGCGCGGAACGCCAAGAACUUCAGCGUCUACGCGACAAACUGUACGCGGACGCUUCCAAUCCGGAUCCUGCCGCGGAAUUUGAAAGAUUGAAAGCUGAAAGAGAGGAACAGUACAAGCCUAAACCAGUCAUUACCAUAAUCGACGAGGAGGAUGAAAAGACUGCGAAGAAGGAGAAGGAAGUAAUGCCGCCGAUAGAAACCGAGCCAAUCGAAAGCGACAGCGACGACGGUGUACAAUUCGAUGAUGCCUCGCAACCGGAAGCACCGUCCAGAACUCCACCGCGGCAUCAUCAUCACCACCGUCGGCAUCAUAGACAUCAUCAGAAUCAUCAUCGUGACGGCGAUGAGAAUCAGGAAGGACUAGCGGAGGCGGAUCGAGAAAGCUUGAAGGACACACGGCCAUCGCCGGUAAAUCAGUCGGUAGUGACGCCUGCUCAAUCCAUCCCGCCAUCAUUGGAUGAGGAUUCGCGUAUGUCUCUUGUCAGCGAACCCGAGAAGACGAGCAGCAGUAACUUUGUUCCCUUCGCCAUGGGAAGCGGUAGCAAUCGCGCUAGCGACCACGCCGUAGGUGCUAAAACGCCGGGCAGUCCCAAUACUGUCGCGAACUCGCAACAGGCAAAUCAAACGCGGAAGAAAGGUCGCAUCGAUGUCAAGGAUGUUUUCAAUAACGACGAUGACGACGACGCGGUUAAUAACGCGAAGAAGCGGAAACUCGUUCCUCUUGAUUAUGGUGACGAGAAGAAGAAGAAGGUGGAAGAAGCUGCGAAGCCGGGGAAAGAAGAGAAUACAAAGAGUCAGGAGGAAAAACGAAAGCACAUAAAGUCUCUUAUAGACAAAAUACCUACUGACAAGAACGCGUUGUUCGGUUAUCAACUUGAUUGGGCGAUCAUUGACAACACUCUGAUGGAGAAAAGGAUAAGACCGUGGAUCAAUAAGAAGAUCAUCGAGUACAUUGGUGAACCGGAACCUACCCUCGUGGAUUUUAUCUGUAGCAAAGUCAUGGCAGGCAGUUCUCCUCAGGGAAUCCUCGACGAUGUACAGAUGGUAUUAGAUGAGGAAGCGGAGGUCUUCGUGGUCAAGAUGUGGAGGCUACUGAUUUACGAGGUGGAGGCGAAGAAGAUGGGCUUGGUAAAGUAAAGUGGCCGUACGUUGUCCGUAAAUUUAUCGGCUCACGAUUCAUACUACACGUAAAUAUAUAUAUUUUGUUUUUAUUAAAUUUAGGCAAUAUUUAGGAAUUCUGUAUCUACAUGCAAUUCUAUUAUUCUAUAGGUAUUAUAGCUAUCGUUUUCCUAGACGACAAAUCUGAAUUUAUCAAUAAAUAGAUUAAGUGUGUAGUAGUCACAGCGUUAAAUAAACUUGUAAUUACGAUUUAUAAUAUGCAUCAUGUUUUUCAAUUUACACACAUGAUUAUUGUCAUGCGGGCUAGUAAUGAUUCCUGUGUAAAAUUAAAUAAAUAUUCAUAUCUUGAUA